AUGGACCCUAAUAUUGAUAUUGACAUAUUCAGAGACUUGGAUGCUUCAUUUAUGGAAAUAUUCCAUAGGACACAACUUCAGAGAUAUUUAGAACAUUUACCUCCUGGAGAGAGAGAACAACAACUAAAUAACAUAAUGGCCCAAGGAGAUUUAUACCUCAGCCAACAACAACAACAACAACAACAACAACAACAACAACAACCACGUUAUUAUCAUGUUCAUUGGAUAUUCAGUCAUAUUCCAUUUAUAAUUUUGAAUUUUGAUCAAAUGUGGAGAGAUUUUUCAUGGAGAGCAUUUUGGGCACGUACAAUAGAUGCUAUAACUAGUGCUGUGAUAAUGACAGUUCGAGCUCUCAGAUUCACAACAUUUAUAAUUGGAUCAGGAGUUUAUUUCCAAGGAGUGGUGAGGAGAUUAUUUGUGUUUUGUGAUGUCAUUACAUUUUCUGAUAAUUUUAUCCGUGAUAUGUUCACAUAUAUUUUAAGAGAUUCAAAAGAUAUAUUGGAUCAAUGCGUUUUACUUGAACGUCAUCUGCGAAAUGUUUUUUACUUUUUACAAUAUGAUGAGUAUAGUAAUUUGUCAAGUUUCCAAGUAAUAAAAUUAGCGUACCAAAACUUAUUGGCAUCAUUAAUAAAUGUCGAAUGCAUCACUUAUGCUCCAAAUUCAACAGGAUCAACAACAACAACAACAUCAUCAUCAUCAUCAGCAACAACUACAAGCUGUAAAAUUUUGACCAAUACAUUAGUGUUUAAACUUUCCAGUGUAUUUCAGGAAUAUUUCCCAGCUUUAGGAUCAACUGGAUUGAAAUUAAUUACCCUUUGGAUGUACAUUAGUUAUGCACUAAUUGGUGAUAUUAUCUGCUUGAAUAUUUUAUUGUUUGUCAGUUAUAACCUAAUAAAUAGAUUUAUGGGUUAUAAACAGGUGUUUCAAGGACUUAGGGAUAUAUUGUGGAAUAGUUUAUUUAAAUUUAUAUUAUAA